AUCUCAGCGAUUCUGUGUUUUUUUUUUUUUUUUUUAUGUGAACCUUUGUUGUUUUUUGAGUGAAGAAGAAGAAAGUAGAAAGUGGUUUGAGUUCCCCAAAAGCCUUGGUGUUAAAUAAUGCUCUCGUGACUUUCUCUCACUUGUCUUUGCCCAUCCGUAUAAGCUUCUGUCUCAAAUCAAAAACUCUCCUUUCUUUCAUUUGUGACCAAAUCCACUCUCAUUGACUUCACCACCCCAGAUCUCUGCCUCUCUCAUAGCCGCUACAAAGUGGAGGAGUUUAAAGAGGGGCAAACUUUGUUGCUUUGACUAGUUUCACUUUGUUUGUUGGCAAGCAAAAUGACCAUUGAUGUGCCACUAUCCGGUGUCCAAAGUAUGAGGACCAACAGAUCCUCCUUUAGUUCUAGCAAUGGCAAUGAGGCUACCCCGUUACACAAUUAUGCAUCUGUUAGCAAUAGUGAUGGCUAUGAUAGUGAUGGCUCCAAUUUUGCUCCACCCACACCAACAACUCUAUCAAUGGCUAUUCCAGAAGAACUUGCUGGAGCUGUACCCUUGAUUGAUAGAUUCCAGGUGGAAGGAUUCUUAAAAUUGAUGCAUAAACAAAUUCAAUCUGCUGGAAAACGUGGAUUUUUUUCCAAAAGAUCCGUGGGCCCCCAAGUUCGAGAGAAAUUUACUUUUGAGGACAUGCUUUGUUUCCAAAAGGAUCCAAUACCUACGUCAUUGCUUAAGCUGAAUGGUGACUUAGCAAGCCGAGCAACAAAAUUAUUUCAAAUAAUUUUAAAAUAUAUUGGAGUUGAUUCAUCUGAUCGUGUAACUCCAAUAAGCCUAGAUGAACGAGUUGAGCUUGUUGGUAAACUAUACAAGCAAAGUUUGAAGCGUUCAGAACUCCGAGAUGAACUUUUUGUGCAAAUAUCAAAACAAACAAGGAACAACCCUGAGAGGGAAUGCUUGACUAAAGCAUGGGAGCUAAUGUUUUUAUGUGCUUCGUCCAUGCCUCCUAGUAAAGACAUUGGAGCAUAUCUAUCAGAAUAUGUUCAUAAUGUGGCACAUGGUGUGACUACUGAUCCUGAGAUCCGAGCCCUUGCAUUAAAUACAUUAAAUGCUUUGAAGCACUCUGUCAAGGCUGGUCCUAGACAUAUAAUACCUGGGCCUAUUGAGAUUGAAGCUCUGUUGACUGGGAAAAAGCUUACAACUAUUGUAUUCUUCCUGGAUGAAACAUUUGAGGAAAUUACAUAUGACAUGUCAACAACAGUUGCAGAUGCUGUUCAGGAACUUGCUGGGAUCAUUAAACUGUCAACAUACUCGAGUUUUAGCAUGUUUGAAUGUCGCAAAGUUGUUACUGGCUCCAAAUCACCUGAUUCUGGGAAUGAGGAGUACAUUGGGUUAGACGAUAAUAAAUAUAUUGGGGAUCUCCUGGCAGAAUUUAAGGCAGUGAAAGAUAGAAGUAAAGGAGAAAUUUUGCAGUGUAAACUAAUAUUCAAGAAAAAGUUAUUUCGUGAAUCAGAUGAAGCUGUGACAGAUCCAAUGUUUUUGCAGUUGUCCUAUGUACAAUUGCAGCAUGAUUAUAUAAUGGGUAAUUAUCCUAUUGGAAGGGAUGAUGCUGCCCAGCUUUCUGCAUUGCAAAUCUUGGCUGAGAUUGGAUUUGUUAGAAGACCCGAAUCAUGCACUGACUGGAAUUCAUUUCUGGAGCAAUUUCUUCCUAGACAAAUAGCAAUGACUCGAGCAAAACGGGAAUGGGAGUUGGACAUUCUUUCUUGCUAUCAUUCACUGGCACAUGUGACAAAAGAUGAUGCAAGGCAGCAAUUUCUGCAUGUAUUGAGAACACUUCCCUAUGGGUUUUCUGUUUUCUUCAAUGUUCGCAAAAUUGAUGAUCCUAUUGGACUCUUGCCUGGACGAAUAAUAUUGGGAAUCAACAAGAGAGGGGUCCAUUUUUUCCGUCCCAUUCCAAAGGAAUAUAUGCACUCUGCUGAGUUGAGAGACAUAAUGCAGUUUGGAAGCAGCAAUACUGCAGUAUUCUUUAAAAUGCGAGUUGCAGGUGUUCUUCACAUAUUCCAGUUUGAAACAAAGCAGGGAGAAGAAAUUUGUGUGGCUCUUCAGACACACAUAAAUGACGUAAUGCUGCGCCGCUAUUCCAAAGCAAGAUCUGCUGCGGGUGAUUCUUUGAGUGAAGACAUUUCUAAUAAUUUUAAGCCUUCUAAUUUGGAAUCAUAUGAAAAACGUGUUCAAGAUUUAUCAAAACUUGUUGAAGAGUCUCAAAGGAAUGCUGAUCAAUUGCUGGUAAAAUUGCGUGAGAAGCAAAAACAAGAAGACGAAAUGCUACAAGAAUUAGAGGGCUUAAAAGAAUCUUUAAAAGCUGAUAAGCAGAGUCUCGCAGAAGUUACAAAUGACCGUGACAAGCUUAGGUCAUUAUGCGAUGAAAAAGAUAAGGCACUUCAGGCUAAAAUUCUAGAGAAAAGAAACAUGGAAGCGAAGGUGACUAAGUUGAGUAAUCUGGUUACUGAGAACACUGCCAAAAAGGACCCCAUUCUAGCAAAUAACCAAGUGUCACAAAAACUUGAAGAUGACCUAAAACUAUGUAAAGGUGAGCUGCUUGUAGCUGAAGAGACUAUCAAAAGCUUGAGAAGUGAAAAAUUUAUUUUGGAACAGAAGCUAUCUGAGCUUGAGAAGAAGAGUGCUGAAGAGAUUAGUUCUCGUCAAUUGAAACUUGAACAAGAACGCAAAACUCUGAACUCUCAAGUAUAUGACCUUGAACGAAAGCUGGAUGUGCUUAGACAAGAAUUAACUGUGGCAGAGUCUACACUUUCGGUCAAGGACUCUGAGUUGGCUGCAUUGAAGAACAAUUUAGAUGAACUAGAAGAAUUGAGAGAAAUGAAAGAGGACAUUGAUAGAAAGAAUGAACAAACAGCUGCCAUACUGAAGAUGCAAGCAGCUCAACUAACUGAAAUGGAAUUGCUUUAUAAGGAAGAGCAGGUUCUCAGAAAGCGAUAUUUUAAUACCAUAGAAGAUAUGAAAGGCAAGAUAAGAGUUUAUUGUCGAUUAAGACCUCUUAGUGAAAAAGAGAUUGCAAGCAAAGAAAAAAAAUCUCUUACUACCAUAGAUGAGUUUACAGUUGAGCAUCCAUGGAAAGAUGAUAAACCAAAACAGCACAUAUAUGACCGUGUGUUUGAUGGUGAUGCCACUCAAGAAGAAGUAUUUGAGGAUACAAGGUACUUGGUGCAAUCAGCUGUAGAUGGUUAUAAUGUUUGCAUAUUUGCUUACGGCCAAACUGGCUCUGGAAAGACUUUUACAAUCUAUGGAGCUGAAAACAAUCCUGGGCUUACCCCUCGUGCCACUUCAGAACUUUUUAGAAUUUUAAGGAGAGAUAGUAACAAGUAUACUUUUACCUUGAAGGCAUAUAUGUUGGAAUUAUAUCAAGAUACUCUUGUAGAUCUUCUGUUACCUAGGAAUGCAAAGCGUUUAAAAUUGGAUAUUAAGAAGGAUUCAAAGGGAAUGGUAGCAGUAGAAAACGUAACAGUUGUGUCAAUUUCGACUGUGGAGGAAUUAAAUAGCAUAAUACAAAGGGGAUCUGAGCAGCGACAUACAUCAGGGACACAAAUGAAUGACGAAAGCUCAAGAUCUCAUCUCAUACUUUCAAUUGUCAUUGAAAGUACCAACCUUCAAAGCCAAUCAACUGCAAGAGGAAAGUUAAGUUUUGUGGAUCUUGCUGGCUCAGAAAGAAUAAAAAAGUCAGGCUCUGCAGGCAGUCAACUUAAAGAAGCUCAAAGUAUCAACAAAUCAUUAUCAGCACUAGGAGAUGUUAUCAGUGCUUUGUCUUCUGGUGGUCAACACAUACCUUACAGAAAUCACAAGUUAACUAUGUUGAUGAGUGAUUCACUUGGGGGUAAUGCCAAAACUCUCAUGUUUGUGAAUGUGUCUCCAGCAGAAUCAAGCUUGGAUGAGACACAUAACUCUCUAAUGUAUGCAUCACGAGUGAGAUCAAUUGUGAACGAUCCAAGCAAAAAUGUUUCUUCUAAAGAGAUAGCUCGGCUGAAGAAAUUGGUUGCAUAUUGGAAGGAGCAAGCAGGUAGGAGAGGAGAGGAUGAAGAUUUGGAAGAAAUCCAAGAAGAAAGACCAACAAAAGAGAGGACUGAUGGCAGGCAUUCUAUGUAAUGUAGGCAAAUAGGAACUCACAAUUAGUUUUUGGAAUGUUGUUGAUCAGUUCCCACCUAAGAUCUCACAGGCUUUUAAUUUAUCUCAGAGGAAUGAAAGAUGUAUAGUUUAAUCAUGUACAUACAUUAUUACUAUUUUAACUCGUUCACAUAUAAUAUAUACCUUAUGCUGCCUGAA